AUUUUUACACAGACCCGACAUAAAUCCCUAAUCCCCUUUCUUCCCCGGCAAAUGUAAUACCUAAUUUACUGCGAAAGUGACUGGAAAAUGUCUCAAAUCUGCCGUCCUGCAUCUGCUUUGUGAGCUCCUUUUUUCCACACGGUUAAAAGGUCAGAUAAAUAAACUGACGACUAGGUAUUUGUUGUUGGGCGAUCGAGUUCCACAUUAACCUAAGAUGGCUGAAAUUGAUGAUAUGCCUGAUGAAGUCCUUUGCAAGAUACUCUCCCGACUACCACCCAAGACAAUGGGGCGGUCCAGAUGUGUAUGCACGCAUUGGAAUCGUCUGAUUUCAGAUCCCUCUUUUAUGAUGUCAAGACCAUCAUCAAGGCUCUAUCUACGUCGUGAUGCGUCACAUCCAUAUAAUCCUAUGUCUAUUGAGAUAUUAGAUGGAAGUAAUGGUUCAGUUACAAAUGUAGAAUUUUCGGUGUUCAAGGAUCUUCCCACUAUGAAAAACUGGGAUGAUAGAUUUGUAAAACUUGUCGGAACAUUUAGAGGAAGUAUCCUGUUGGUUGUUAAGGAUUUAGCUACGUGGGAUGUUUACAAAGGAAGCUAUUAUCAAGAGCAUAUGAUUUUGUUCAACCCGUUUACCGGUGUACAUGAGAUAUUUAAAGAUCCGUAUUCCCCUUUGCCUGCUGGCGUCUAUGCAUACGGAUUUGGCUAUGGUGCAGCCCGAGAUGAGAUGAAACUUGUUAGAUUUAGAAGGUUCAGAGUUUCAGGGGAAAACACGGGUUCUUGUGAGGUAUUGAAUCUUAAAACUCGUUCAUGGAGCCAACCAGCACUCACUAUUCCAGAUGGUAGCAUUGAUGGCUAUAUAGGUACCUUUCUUAAAGGAUUUUUGUAUUGGAUGAUUUCUUCGAAAAUCAUGGCUCUCGAUGUUGACAAGAUGGUAAUUUCAUGCCUACAUCAACCUGAUUCAACCGUCGAUAAAGAAAGUUGUUUGGGUACGUGUCAUGGACGCCUAUGGAUGAUCACGAACACCGAUGCCAAGACUCUCAAUUUUGAUGUGUGGGUAAUGAAGGAACAAGGCGUUGGUAACUCAUGGUCAAAAGCAUGUUCUUUUGCAGUAGGUCUGGAACCUCCGAGGUAUUUCCUUUUAUCUCGAUAUAUCAAAAUCACCGAGGACGGUAGAAUUAUAGUAUUUUUAAACUACAAUGCGGAUUGACACAUGUUCAUCUACGAUACAUCAAAACACUCGUAUAAACUGCUAGAGUGUCAAGGAGGAGGAGAAGAAGUAGAAGAAGUAUGGGGAAUCAAAUACAAGGAGAUGAACAUGCUUAUCUACGAUUCAUCAAAACACUCGUAUAAGUGUCAAGGAGGAGGAGAAGAAGAAGUAGAAGAAGAAUGGGGAAUCAAAUACAAGGAGAGUCUCAUAUCGCCUAUGAAUAUAUGCCGUGCUGGAGAAGAAUUCAGCGAAGAUUUGAUGAUGGACGAUUUACCAGUGACACUGAAGGUUGGUGAAGAAAAGGAGAUCGGUAAACAAGGUUUAAAAAAGAAAUUGUUAAAAGAAGGUGAAGGUUGGGACACACCUGAUAAUGGCGAUGAGGUUGAAGUGCAUUAUACCGGAACAUUACUGAAUGGAACGCAGUUCGAUUCAAGUCACGAUAGGGGAAAUCCGUUUAAAUUCACUCUCGGUCAAGGUCAAGUAAUAAAGGGAUGGGAUCAAGGAAUCAAAACAAUGAAGGAGGGCGAGAACGCCCUUUUCACUAUUCCUGCUGACCUUGCAUAUGGCGCGUCUGGUUCCCCUCCAACUAUUCCUCCCAACGCCACUCUGCAGUUUGAUGUGCAGCUUCUAUCCUGGGCGAGUGUGAAGGACAUUUGCAAGGAUGGAGGAAUAUUCAAGAAGAUUGUGAAAAAGGGAGAGAGUUGGGAGAACCCUAAGGACCUUGAUGAAGUUUUAGUGAAUUAUGAGGUUCAACAUGAGGAUGGGACUGCGGUUGCCAAAGCAGAUGGUGUAGUGUUCACUGUCGAAGAUGGCUACUUUUGCCCCGCGUUUUCAAAGGCUUUGAAAAUGAUGAAGAAAGGAGAAAAGGUUGUCCUUACAGUUAAACCUCAUUACGGAUUUGGGGAGAACGGAAAACAAGCUUCAGCUAAUGAAGGUGGAGUUCCACCAAAUAUUACACUACAAAUUACAUUGGAGCUUGUAUCAUGGAAGACUGUCUCAAAAAUUACAGAUGACAAAAAGGUUGUCAAGAAAAUUUUGAAAGAAGGAGAGGGAUAUGAACGCCCCAAUGAAGGAGCUGUUGUUCAGGUGAAAUUGAUUGGUAAGCUGCUAGAUGGCACUGUGUUCAUUAAGAAAGGUCAUGAUGAGACCGAGCUUUUUGAGUUCAAAAGUGAUGCAGAGCAAGUAAUUGAUGGGCUUGAUAGAGCUAUCGUAACGAUGAAGAAAGGGGAGGUAGCUCUUCUGACAGUUGCACCAGAAUAUGCUUUUGGGUCGCAAGAGUUAGCAGUUGUCCCUCCUAAUUCCACUGUGAACUAUGAAAUUGAGCUCGUAUCUUUUGUUAAGGAUAAAGAGUCAUGGGAUAUGAACACCCAGGAGAAGAUUGACGCGGCUGGCAGAAAGAAGGAAGAAGGGAACACCCACUUUAAGGCUGGCAAUUAUCUCAAGGCAUUAGAGAGAUAUGAGAAGGCUGCAAAGUUCAUCGAAUAUGAUAGUAGUUUCAGUGAGGAGGAAAAGAAGCAAUCCAAAGCAUUGAAAGUGUCAUGCAACCUCAACAAUGCUGCUUGUAAGCUGAAACUGAAAGAUUACAAACAGGCUGAGAAGCUUUGCACCAAGGUAUUGGAGAUUGAUAGCCAGAAUGUGAAGGCACUAUACAGGAGGGCUCAAGCUUACAUGAAUGCAGCUGAUCUGGAUCUGGCAGAACUUGACAUAAAGAAAGCCCUUGAAAGCGAUCCCGACAACAGAGAUGUAAAGAUAGAGUACAAGGUGUUGAAGGAGAAGAUGAGAGAAUACAACAAGAAGGAUGCUAAAUUUUAUGGGAACAUGUUCGCCAAGCCAACUGCAGUUGAUUUUAAAAAGACGCCUCAGUAGGUGGUAGAAUCGAUGCCCAUUGACAGCAAGGCUUGAUGAAUACAAGGAUGAAGGAUCUCAUGACCAUCACAUACAGUGUAGUUUGAAUACAUAGAUGUCAUGAAUGUCUUAUAUGUGUCCUUCUGUUUCAUCUUUCUAUGCUAUUUGCAAGUUUCCGUUACCCACUGAUAGUGAUUAGGAUUAGACCUGGCAAUUGUUACCCAAACCUAAAAAUUUGGGUAAGUUGGAUAAAAUAUUUCUCCUUUUGGGUUUA